AUGGCAGCUUGGAAUGCCUUGACCAUGUUUUCGAGCUUACAUGAGUACGAAGACGACGGAGCACGCCGCCUGGCCGCUGAGGAUGCCAAAAGACCUGGUACAUCUGGAGAGAACGAGAACCAGAGGCUUCUACGCAACGGGAAAGUUCUUACAGAAACUCAGGAACGUGAAGACGAUGAACCUCUGAAGAAGAGUCCCGCAGAGACUUCGGACGUGGGUAAAUGCAGGCGGCCAAGGUCUCAGCGAAAGUUAGUACUCAAGUUGAGAAACUGUGCACAAACGUCCAACAACGAGGAUACUUUUCAGAGCCUCGAAAUACCAGAACAAGGCACUUCUAAAGUCCCCGUGGCCGAGGCUAUUGCUCAUAAGAGUGUGAUUCUGCUCUCGUCUCUGCUGUUCGUCAAGUUUAUCCUCUUCCGAGCUGCUGCUGCUGUGAUAAGGCAUGCGAGCACGCUUGGCUGCUUUCCCCUUCUUCCAUAUGUAUCCCUGUUUGUCGUCAGACGAAACAGCUUCAGUGGGAUUCUCGUCCGCGAUAAAACCAUCUGUUUCUGGAUGACUGUCAUUGAGUCCUUACAGAAUGGAGAAGCUCCAGAUGGUGACAAUGACCCUGAUUACCACGAAGAGGUUUCACCAGGCAGUAACAGUGAGUCGCUGGAGGAUGCUUACAAGCCCGAGGAAGAGCAGGCAAGUGAGGACCUGGACGUGGACGAUAUACAAAUGAAGCGCAAUAUGAACAAGGCCGUCUACUCAAGGAGAAGGCCUCGCAAAGUUGCGACUAAGACCGAGUGUUAUGAGGCCGACGAGCACGCUUCAGGUGGCCGCAGGAGAAGUACACGGCUGGCGCAGGGUCGCGUGGUUAGUCUCUCCAACAGCAGGUCCACAAGAAGCAGGAGAAACGUCGGCCGUCCCUCACACUGGGAAGCUAGCUCGUCUUACGACGACUCGGACUGGGAUAGAAGCAGCGACGACGAUGGACGCCGAAAGCCCGAAAGAAGAACUUCGAGCAGACUUAAAGUGAAGCUGCAGAAGAACGUUGGGUCGAGGUACAAGGAUUUCCACGUGAGGAGAAACCUGAGCACGGUGCAUCGGAGUCCGAGCAACGUGUCCUGGUUACUCUUGACAGAGGUGGAGCGGACGCGCUACAUCCCACAGUAUGGUGAUGAGGUGGUGUACUUCCGACAGGGACAUCAAGACUACUUAGACAACAAGCGGCUCGACGACGAUGGUCCCUGGAGAAGCGUGAAAAGGGAACUGCAAGUGGUCGAGUUCUGCGAGAUCACUGGACUGGAGUACAUCAUUCUCGAAGUGUCGGGGAACACUUGUUGCCGGCUGACUCUUGAGUUUAUGGACGGGUACAGGAUUCGCGGCAGCAGCUUCAGCGUCGACUUGCCGGAGCUGACAGACUUCGCCGACUUUAUAGUGGAGAGAAGCCGCUACGAGGCCUCCAUGGCCAGGAAGUGGUCCAGUCGGGACAAGUGCCAAGUGUGGUGGAGGUCGGACGAGGAAGAAGGUGGUCGCUGGUGGGAAGGGACGAUAACUCAGGUGAAGGGAAAGUCGCCCGAGUUUCCAAACAGCCCCAGGGACAGCAUCAGUGUGCUGUACAAGGACGAGCCAUCGACGACGAACCACUGCCCCUGGGAGCUUCACGACGUUGAGAAUCCUUUAACUUGGGAGUCGCCACAGAUCGAGCAGGACAAGGUGCGUGAGCUGCUCGACAUCGUGGACGAGGUGCUCCACUCGAACCAAUCCAAGGACGAGUAUGGCUUGUGGAGGUUGCAGCAGGCCGUGAGCAAGCCGGAUUUUCUUGACAGGAUUGCGCUGCCAAUCUCCAUGGACGUGAUUCGCGAGCGGCUGGAGAACAACUAUUAUCGUAGCGUAGCGUGA